CGCCGCCGACGGGGCCCGCGGCGCCGGCGGGCUUGGAGAGCAUGGAGGGCCUCGCCCUCGACACCAUCAUCGCCAAGGCCGGCGCGCGCCCUGCGGCUGUGCUCGCCUGCGCCAGCACGCACCUGCGCGCUGCCGUCGCCGAGGACGCCGUCUGGCGCAACUUCUGCGCCCGAGACCUCGGCCUCGACGCGCCCCUCGACCCCGAGGACCGCCCGCUCCCCUCCUUCAAGGAUGCAUAUAAAGUUUGGUCAGAGUCUUUUGGUAUGUAUCCAUUACCCCUGGUAAAGAGAGUGAAACUUUUUUGGAGCUCAUUAAAAGGAUGGAUUUCUGAAAACUUUCCUGAAGCACUCAGAACUUUGAGUAAAGGUGUUUCUGAAGCUCAGAUAAGAUCAGCAGAAGAUGAUCUUGGUUUCAAGCUUCCUAUGCCUACAAAGCUAUUGUACCGCUUUUGCAAUGGUCAACUGCCUUUCAGUAAAAACGAGGAUGUACGCAUGGCUCCUCUUGGCAUAAUAGGAGGCUAUCUGUUUUAUAAUUACAUUGUAAAUGUGCACUUGUCAUCUCUUGAGCAAAUGGUCGAAGAGACAAAAGAAUUUAAUUUCCACUUGGAGGAGCAAGGUCUUCCCAUUGGGCCCAACCUUGCAUUAGUGGCAAGUUCAUGGUAUCAUCCUAAAACGUUUCUUCUCAAUUGUUCAAGUGGUGAACCUUACGUUGGCACUGCCAACUUAUCAGCUGGAGAAAUGAUGCCAUGCGUGCCAAAAUCAUUGAUAAAGCCAACUAAUAGUGAUAUGCCCCAAGAUGGAUUACUUUUGUGGUUGGAAGAGCACCUUAGGCGCUUACAGAAUGGCAUGAUCAAGAUCCGCCCUCUUAAGACGUCGAGGUAUAUCUGCUUAUAUCCAGAAGCAUCCCCAUUGUGUUCGUCAGCAGUGACAAAUGGUGUAAAGGUACGUGCAUCUGCUGUCUUUGUGCCAGAACAUCCUCGUCGGGGGCAUGUGGGCACACAUCUGUAUAGCUAUUCCAUCCGCCUGUCAGUUCCUGAGGCAUGCAUGCUAGGUGGGGUUUACUUUUCUUCCUGCCAGCUUCACUCACGCCACUGGAUCAUCCGAUGUAAAGACACGGUUGUUUCGGAUAUGCAUGGGGAAGGUGUUAUUGGGGAGUAUCCUUUACUUUUACCAGGGCAGGACGAGUUUGUCUAUGAGAGCUGCACGCCGCUGAAUGGCAGUAGUGGAUCUGUGGAGGGCUCUUUUACAUUUGUGCCUGGGAGGUUGACCCAGCCAGAAGGAAAACCAUUCGACGUCACGGUGGCUCCGUUCCCUCUGGAAGUACCCGACUACAUCUUCUGAGCAAUAGUAUGUGCACCUAAUAACAGUGUAGUAUCUUGGUAGAAACACCGAACAUAUCUGUAGUACUCUGUCUGCUGUAGCAAAGUUGCUCUGCCUGGAGUUGAUCUUGUCGAUGUAAUGUUAACAAAAGGACGCAAACGGUUUUGUCGUGCGCCGACCUUCUUCCGGUUCCUGGCUGUGGCCCUAAAGGAAUCUGUAGCGGGUGGAGCUUGUCUGUUCAUAUGUGAUGUGAGGUUGUUUGUUUCUUUGUUGAGGUGAAACAUAAGAGGGAAUUGUUCCAAGGUUUGCGCAAGAAAUGGUUCCUUGGCUGUCA